CUACGGAGACAAGCGCGCAUUCGUAGAGAGUUCAUAUACAGACGCUCCAUUGAGGCCCGCGACAAGGCCCAGAAGGAAAAGAAGCAACAGCUUAAAGCUGCCUUGGCUGAAGGAACUAAGCUACCGAAGGACAUCACAUCUUCUGCAGUCGAUCUUAACGAAGAGCUUGAUUGGAGCGACGACGGUGGUGAAGGUGACUUAGAUGCUGAGACGGACGAAUAUCACAACUACGAUGGGGAACCUAGAGUAGUUAUAACUACAUCUCGCUCUCCUAGUUCAAAGUUAUCAGAGUUUGCUAAGGAACUUCGACAUCUCAUUCCUAAUUCGACUAAAAUUAACCGAGGGAAUUAUUUGUUUAAGAAUAUCAUGGACGCUUGCCUUGCCAGAAAUAUAACGGACGUGGUUAUUGUAAAUGAAACUCGUGGUGUACCAGACACAUUGACUGUGAGCCAUCUUCCUUUUGGCCCAACUGCGAAAUUUACACUUUAUAAUGUAGUUACUCGUCAUGAUUUUGCAGAGAAGGGUAGAGGGAGUGGUGCAAAGUUUCCAACGGCUUACCCCCAGCACCUUUUUCUUGGUCUGAACUCGCCAUUGGGAAAACGUGUGCAUACUAUAUUAAAGUACAUUUUCCCAAUUCCCAAGGAAGACUCAAAGCGUGUCAUAUUAUGGUAUAAUGCCAAUGAUGAUGUUAUUCGAUUCAGACACGUUACCUACAAGUAUGUGAAUAACGAAUUGGAAAUAGAAGAACACGGGCCACAAUUCGAUAUGAGAUUAUACAAGAUUUGGCGUGGUCCAUUACAUGAGGAGGACACUGCCCAAGUGGAAUGGGUAUGGCGACCGUACAUGAAUACCUCUCACAAAAGAUUAUAUCUUUCCAUACCAGAUGCAAAGGUGGAAGACAAUGAGGAAGAUGAGGAGGAAACGGAAUCAAGCACCACUAAAAAAAUCAAAAGGUCUUAG